AUGAAAACAAGCAAUUUGAUUUUGAUAUUAGCAAUCUUUUCAAUAUUGAUUGUUACUACAAGUGGUAUGGGCUUCUACUAAAAUUAGCUUAAAGGAUAAUUUACACAGAUACCUUGUCUACAUAUUGAGGAGAAAAUAGAUGAAAAAGAGAGAACCUAGUUUCACGCAUUCAAUUACUGUUUAAGCAGCAGAAGAUUUAAAUUUUCAAUGAAAGAUUCAUUAGGAAAUGAAUAUUAAUACUAAUCAAUUUGUAUUCCUUCUGGGCAAAGGAAUCAUUUAGAAAAAUACAAUCAAGAAGAUUUUUUUUAUGGUGUUUCUGAAGAUUGUUGA